AUGUUGAAAGUUCAAAGGCUAAGUAUCUUUGUUAAGUCGAGAACUGCCAAAACUUUUAAACUUUGGUUGUUUGAGAAAAUUCCAGCCCAUGUAUUCUCUCUUUCAGUGGCAGGUGAUGUUGAAACGUGUACCUUUAAUCUUCAAGGAUUGCGACGAAGACUUGAGAAUGGACACCAGCCCAUCAACAGCCUGUCUAACCUUCCUUUGGACAAAACAGUGACGAAAUCAGACGCAAAAAGUCUGAUGCGGACCCUUUAUUCAAGUGAAUCAAGUCAGCUAACAAUGGGAAACGCUGUGUUAAUCAUUUGGGUGUCUCUCUUGUGCCUGGUAGGAUUCACUCAGUGCUAUGAAGGCAGGGACUUCAAUUCAAUUAAACUCUUAAGGCUGGAAUUAUCAGAGCUGAUAUUAUCUGAUGUAUCAACAUGGGCAACUACGUUCAGCUUGGAAACACAUGCAGGGCAUUCACCUGUUUAUGUAGGCCCUCAAGAAGGCCUAAGAGAGGUUGAUAAAGUUGGCAGUUUACCUGGACAACCUGGUGGGGUGAAUUUUGAUCAGUAUUCAGGUUAUGUGACCGUUGAUCCUGAGGCAGGCAGAGCACUGUUUUAUUAUUUCGUGGAGUCAUCUCACAGUUCUUCUACUAAGCCUCUGGUUUUAUGGCUUAAUGGAGGGCCUGGUUGCUCUUCUAUUGGAAAUGGAGCUAUGAGACUUGGCCCAUUUAGAGUAAAAAAAGAUGGUAAAGCCUUGCAUCGAAAUAAAUACGCAUGGAAUAAGGAUGCCAGCAUCAUCUUUUUAGAAUCUCCUGCCGGUGUUGGAUUCUCUUACUCGAAUAGAACCAAUGACUAUAAGUUAAGUGGAGAUAUAAGAACUGCCCAAGAUUCCUAUGCCUUUCUUGUUAAUUGGCUGGAAAGAUUUCCUGAGUACAAAACCAGGGAAUUUUUCAUUACAGGAGAGAGCUAUGCGGGCCACUAUGUACCCCAGCUUGCUCAGACUAUCCUUCAAAACAACAUUUACACCAAUCAAACUUCAAUCAAUCUAAAAGGCAUUGCAAUAGGUAAUGCUUAUAUUGAUUUUGAAACAACUAUGAAAGGAGCAGUGGACUUCUAUUGGACGCAUGCACUUAUGUCUGAUGAAAUAUACAAUGGACUUGUGUCGAACUGUGAUUAUUCUACACUAAAUGUAUCAUCCAAAGUUUGCUUGGGAUUUGUGGACAAAGCAAAUGAUGCUGCUGGCAACAUAUAUGCCUAUGACAUCUAUGCCUCCUUGUGCAGUUCCUCCUCAAGGACCUCAACUUCCAACUCUGUUUCUGCUUUCGAUCCCUGCUCGGAACAUUAUGUCCAUUCCUACUUGAACAAUCCAGAAGUUCAAAAAGCACUUCAUGCAAAUGUUACUGCUCUUCCUUAUCCAUGGCAAUCCUGCAGUGGAGAAGUAAAUCGACACUGGAAAGACAAACCAUUAACAGUGUUACCAAUCAUUAAGGAAGUAAUGGAAAGCGGAGUUCGCGUUUGGAUCUACAGUGGUGACACGGAUGUUGCCUUGCCUGUAACAUGUAGCAGAUAUGCCAUAAACAAACUGGGGCUGCUCAUUAAGACUGCCUGGUACCCUUGGUAUACCCAAGGGGAGGUUGGAGGGUAUGCUAUCGGAUAUCAAAACUUGACAUUUGUAACCGUAAGAGGAGCUGGACAUUUUGUACCCAGUUACCAGCCAGCUCGGGCCCUGCUGCUCUUCACAUCCUUCUUUGACGGAAAGCUUCCACCAUCUGCUAGAGGGUUCGACCAUUGA